AUGGCCGCCGAGAGGCUAAUGAGAGAGUACAGGUCCUUCAUAUCAAACCCGUGUAUUAUAGGAUCGGUAGAGCCCACAGACAACCUACUUGUAUGGAAAGCCUACUUGAAUGGUCCUGAGGAUAGUCCGUACGAGGGAGGCGUAUUUAAGUUGAAGCUAAAGUUCCCAGGUGUUUAUCCCAUGAAACCUCCCGAAGUUGUAUUUAAAACCAAGAUUUUUCACGCUAAUAUACAAAAUGAUGGCAAAAUAUGCUUGUCACUAUUUUCCGAUUGGCGUCCCACCGAUAACGUGCUAACGGUGCUACUGGCGCUCAACAAUAUGUUAGCCCAACCUAACCGUGACAGUGCCUAUGUCGGUGAUGACUUAUCCGAAAGAGAUUAUAAUAAGCAAGCUAAACAGUGGACUAAAGAUUAUGCUCGCAAUUGA